ACAUAUAUGCUGACUUUGAUCAGUACCUUUUUUUUUUCAGUUGGGAAGCCCAAGAACUCCUCUGCUUGUCCCAAACAUGGCUGAAGAGAAUGGUAGUGAGGCCAAGAAUACCAGCAAGGGAGGCUUCAAGUCUAUGCCUUUCAUUCUAGCAACUGAACUUUGUGAUAGAAUUGCCACAAGUGGAUUGAAUGCCAAUUUGAUCUCUUACUUAACUAAAGAGAUGCAUAUGCCCCUUGUUAUAGCAACCAAUACAGUUACAAUCACUAAAGGCACAUCAAGUUUCACUCCUAUCAUUGGAGGUCUCAUCUCUGAUUCAUUUGCUGGGUGUUUCUGGACUAUCACAGUUGGUUCCAUCUUUUAUCUGCUGGGACUGGCCAUACUCACAAUUUCCGCAAUUCUUCCCGUGCUCCAUCCACCGAGCUGCUCUGGUGAUGAGAAGUGCAAACAAGCCUCGACAUGGCAACUCAUCCUUCUAUAUUUUUCUCUUUUCUUAACAACUAUUGGCUCAGGUGGUAUUCGUCCUUGUGUUGCGGCCUUUGGCGCAGACCAAUUCAACCAUGCCGGAGCCAACAUGGAAGCGAAGAAACGGACCUUCUUCAAUCUCUACUUCUUCUGCAUGAGGCUCGCUACUGGCAUUGCACUCAUUGUUGUGGUGUAUGUUCAAGAUAAUGUAGGCUGGGGAUGGGGAUUGAACAUUCCUACAAUAACCAUGUUUAUAUCGAUCGUAAUAUUUGUGUUUGGCUACUCUCUCUACAUUAAGUCAGAGCCAAAGGGAAGUCCAUUGACGAGGUUGGCUCAAGUUGUGGUUGCUGCAAUUAAGAAAAUGAAGGUUGUUGGGCCUAUUGAUGCAAAACUUCUCUACGAAGAUAAGGAACUAGAUGCGAGUAUUUCAACCACGGGGCUGCUUUGCCACACAGAUAAGCUCAGGUGUCUGGAUAAAGCUGCGAUUGUGAUGGAGGGUGACAAAACUGACACUGGCAAACCAAACCCUUGGAGGCUCUCUACAGUGCAUCGAGUAGAAGAGUUGAAAUCUCUGAUUCACAUAAUUCCUAUCUGGGCAGUUGGUAUCUUCUUCAUUGCCACAGCUUCCAACAUUGGCACAUUUGCGAUCCUACAAGCACGAACCAUGGAUCGGAAACUAGGACACUUGAAAAUCCCUCCUGCCACAAUGUCCAUCUUCUUGGACAUUUCUACUAUUCUCACUCUGGCCUUCUACGACCGAAUCUUUGUACCUGUUGCCCGCCGCAUCACUGGGAGGCCCUCUGGCAUCACAUCAUUACAACGCAUGAUCAUUGGCGUAGUUAUUUCAAUGUUAUGCUAUGUGGUCGCCGCACUUGCUGAAAUAAAACGGAAAUCAGUUGCUAAAGAGUAUGGACUCUUGGACAAGCCAAAGGCAGUAAUUCCUGUCAGUGUCUUUUGGGUAGCACCUCAGUAUAUUGUCUAUGGAAUGGCCGAGGCAUUCCUUUCAGUUGGUCAGAUGGAGUUCCUCUAUGACCAAGCACCGGAGAGCAUGCGAAGCAUAGCUGUUGCAUUAUAUUGGCUGGCGAUAGCCAUCGGCGAUUAUGUUAGCUCAGGCAUAGUAGCUUUAGUGAACAAAUGCAGCAAGAAUCAUGGAGACUGGCUCCAAGACAACAUCAAUAGAGGGAAGCUGGACUAUUACUGGUGGCUAAUGACGGGGCUUGAAUUCCUUAACCUCAUUUACCUUAUCAUAUGUGUGAAAUUUUAUACCUACAAGAGAUUGGAAAUGUCAGUGCCUGAGAUAUCAUCAAAUGCUGUGACUGAUGAACGUGAUGAUGGCUACACGGAGCUAAGGGAUGGCAAUGAGCGCCGCAGCCAAGAAGAGGUGGAUAGGUUGAACAAGUUGCUCGGAGAGAAGAAAUUGGAGGCGGAAGAGAUUCCUUUGCUUGGUUCAUAGAGUCAGGGAUUUGAAGACCGAAGAGCAUUUUUACUGGGUAUUUUCUUUACUCUAGUAUCAGAGGAUGAUGUUCUUGGUGAAUUUGAUGUGGAGCUGAUUGAUUAUAUGAAAUUCAAGACCAUUUUACCACUUUGUGCUGGAGAUUUGUGAAUGAGAAGCCUCAUUGUGGUGUUCAAAUGGUUGGAAGGUUGAUUUUCUACUAGAGAUGCCACAUUGGCAUGAACUCUUUCUCCAGUCAGAUGUAUAUAAAUUGUAUUUCUUUCUUUCAUUUUAAUUAAGUGUUCUUAUCAGAAACGAGACAUUUCCUCCCUGUCAAUAGAAUGUGGUUGGUUGUUUAA